GCGGUCUGGGGUUCUCCCACUCCCCGGGGCCCUAGGCAGAGGCCGGCGCCGCGCCCCUCCGGUCGGAGACCUCGCCCCUGUGUGGCCAAUGCCCCGCCCUUAGGACGUCGGUUCCCGCCCCUUAGGGUUGGGGCCCCGCCCUCAGCCCGAGACACGCCUCUGCGCGUUGAAUCCCCGCCCCCAACGCACAAUCACUCCCCUACCUGCCGUCUCGCCCUAACGCGCGGCCCCGCCCCAUCCUCGAGCCCCGCCCCGGACAGGACAGGUCCACGCCCCUUGCCCGCGGCCCCGCCCUCCCUCCCCAGAGGGCGGCUACCAGGCGGCGGCCGCAGCCGCAGGAAAAUGCUGGAAGCGGGCGAGCGCCGGCCGCCGAGGUGCUGAAGGGACAGUUCCUCGGCAGAACUUGGCCCCGAGCGCGCGGGGCCCUUCAGCGAUGGAGACUAUCUGGAUCUACCAGUUCCGCCUCAUCGUGAUCGGGGACUCCACGGUGGGCAAGUCGUGCCUCCUGCACCGCUUCACCCAGGGCCGCUUCCCGGGGCUGCACUCCCCCGCCUGCGACCCCACGGUCGGCGUGGACUUCUUCUCGCGCCUGCUGGAGAUCGAGCCCGGCAAGAGGAUCAAGCUGCAGCUCUGGGACACGGCGGGGCAGGAGCGCUUCAGAUCAAUAACACGAUCGUAUUACCGCAACUCAGUUGGUGGAUUUUUAGUAUUUGACAUCACUAACCGGAGGUCUUUUGAACACGUGAAAGAUUGGCUAGAAGAAGCAAAAAUGCACGUGCAGCCUUUUCAGAUUAUGUUUCUCCUGGUGGGACAUAAAUGUGAUUUAGCUUCACUUCGGCAGGUUUCAAGAGAAGAAGCUGAGCAACUGUCGAUAGACUGUGGAAUGAAAUAUAUAGAAACCUCAGCAAAAGAUGCUACAAAUGUUGAGGAGUCUUUCACAAUCUUGACAAGAGACAUAUAUGAACUUGUUAAAAAAGGAGAGAUUUGUAUUCAGGAUGGCUGGGAAGGGGUUAAAAGCGGUUUUGUUCCAAAUACUGUGCAUUCUUCUGAGGAGGCAGUAAAGCCCAGGAAAGAGUGCCUCUGCUGACUUCAACAUGCCAAAGAACUACCCCAGACAGUCCACGCCGUCUCUGGAGAAAUGUCAACAUCUACAGCAGAAUGAUGCAAGGAACAAACAUCCACAGAAUAUCCAGACCCAUGGUAGCACCGUUUUGUAAGGUGUUGGACACAGAGCUCUGCUCUCACCAGACUGGAUAGUCUGCUAAAUUAUAAGGAAAAGCAGACAACAUUUUUCCUGAAGCCAGUGUCCACAAAAUUACAUCCGUUCUCACUUUGUUAGCAACAUAGCUGACCUUGGUCUCCAGAUAUGUCAGUACUAAUCAUCUUUCUUGACAGCUGAAAAUAGAUUUUUUUGGUGCACAUGUCUAGCUGAAAAGAAUGUGUCGGGAUGUAUAUUCUCCUGAGCUAACUAGUGUUGACCACAAAGUGCACUUGAAAAGCCAAUGAGAUGAGUUGGGGAAGAAGCGUGCCGACCAAUCUGCAGACUUGAGUUUGUCCCCUGGAGCCUCUGUGGUAGAAGGAAGACCCAUUUCCCUUAAAGCUGUCCCGUGACCUCCAUAUGCACGCCAUCAUACACUUGUACAAACAAAUACAGUGAGCGCAGGGACAUAGAGUAAAUAAUGUGGAAAAUGUGUAACGUACAGCUUGAAGGCUGGGCUGGCGCUCGGUGGUGGAAUGUUUCUUUAGUUUCUGGAAACCUAGAUUCCACCCCAGGGUCAAAGCUAGAGCGGGAAAACAAAGUGCUUAGAAGCAGUGUCAGAAGUUCUGACUAGGACUAAUAGAUAAAGUUUCUUUUUAAAGUACUGGAUCUGCCAGUCUCCAAACACGAUCAAAUAAGCUUAUAUUCCUUUUUUGUUCCUGGAUUUACUGCUCCUGGAAUCAUCACAUUUGAUAAGGUCUGUAAAUGUUCUAAGGAGAUGUUUUAAGCAAAUACAGGGAACAAAAAGGAUCACUCCAUAGAAAAACUUUGAUGUUAUAGUGCAGUGUCCAAAUUUAGAUAAAACCCCCAAUGCUUGUAUACUGACAUUUUCAAAGAAAAAAUGCUGCUUACCUUAAACUAAUGCCAAAACUAUCAAUAUACAUAAUAGUAUAUUUUCAAAUUAUCCCAUUUCCAGUGAAAGUGUGGAAAAAUUAUUUGGAACAAGAAAAAUGGUGUUAGGCACCCAAUUUAGCACUCAGAUUUCAUUUUACAAUCUCAUCAGUAGAGGGAAAGAUAAAAUACUCAGUUAAGUACAUAAAAUAAUGUUCAAUUUUUAAAAAAAAACUAAUAUUUUUGUUUUCUGCAGAGAGCUUUGUUAUGUAGUUAUGUAGCUCAGAUCCACUUGCCUCAGUCUCCCAAAUACUGGGUGUAAGCCCCCAUGCCCAGCUCCUUAAUUUUUUAGCAGGGGAGAAGGGUCUCACUCUGGGAAUCCCUGUAGACUUUCAACUCAGUAUGUUAGACUAGGCUGGAUGAGAUCUGCCUGCCUCUGCGAGCUGGGAUUAAAGGUGUGUGCCACCGUGCCUGAUUUUUAACUUACUGCUAGAACAUGCUUAGAAUUUGGAUCAUAGUGUUAAAUAUUUUACAACAUGCAUUUCUGUUUUAUGCUAUAAAUCAUAGAAGGUUAUCUAAUUACCCAAUGAAGCUGCCUUUUUGAAAUUAUGAGACUCUUAUGCUUAAGCAAUAGAAACUUCAUUUGUAUGAAAACCAAAAAUGUAAAUAUUAAGCAAGAAAUCAGAGAACAUAGCUCUAAGUUUACCUUUGCUGUACCAGUCAGUAUUAGACUGUAAGAAAGACCUUUGGCCUCUUGAACAUCGUUUUUUUCUGGUUGAUAAAAUGAACCUUCCAGACUCAUGUAUUGAAUUCUAUGAGGUUAUUUUGAAAGCAGAUAGUGUUGAAAAUAUUUGAAUACAGAAAACAUUAUACAAGUAUGUUGCUAAUUCUGGACAUAUCAUUAUAUUUACAGUAGAUGAGAAUUUUUUUCUUGUGUUCUUUCUUUUUAUUUCUGUGUGGUGGUACCAGAAGACAGUGUGCAUUUUCAUGGACCCAGGGGAGUUCUUGGUUGUCGUUUGCCCUCUGUCCUUUUUUGGCUUUUCGAGACAGGGUAUCUCUGUGUAGCCUUGGCUGUCCUAGACUUGCUUUGUAGACCAGGCUGGCCUUGAACUCACAGAGAUCUGCUUGCCUCUGCCUCCCUGAGUGCUGGGGCUUGUCCUUCUAUCUCUCUUGAGCCACUGUUGAAUCACUUUCUCUAAAGCAUAAGCAAUAGAGAAGAAAGCCCUUGGAGACUUAAUCCAAUCAGCCAUAUUUGAAAGUGUUUUGUGCAUCUUUGAAGCGGGCAUUUAACUGUAUUUUAAAAUAUUAACACUUGUACACUUUCUAGGGUUGUGUAUUUUUAAUAAUGCAUAUGAAAAUAUAAAUUAUGUCACUGUGAAAGUGUUGAAUAUUUAUAUUGUCAAUAUUUUUAUAUCCCCAGGGUGUUUGUGGGAAUGAAUUCAGACUGUCCCUCCUACAAGAAGUACUCUAUUUUUGCGGUUACAGGUCUAAAUCUUACACUACAAUCUUUCAUCACAUCCAAAAUGGAGUGACAUAAAAUGCUGAAUAUCUAACAGCUUCAAGUAGAGUUACUGUGCCUACUAAAACUGAAAUUUAAGGUGUAAUUUCAUUUUCAGUGGACACCUUUUAUAAUAUUAAUGUUGGAUAAAGACUAGAGUCUGGUCUGAAGGAUAGGCUGUGGCCCAAACUCAAAACGGAAGCUGGGAGGACAAGUGGGAAGGCAGGGUUCCCAAAAGCUGAUACUUGCACAAGCAAGUUCUAUAACUUUGUGUUUCUCUGACUCUUUGAUUACUAGGGUGUGUGUGGGUAUGUGCACCUGAUUGAGAAAUGUGAAAGGAUAAGUAAAGCUGGACUAACUUGUUUUUACCUUAUAGAGGUAUUAAGUCCGUGAUAAACUGGGCAUGGUGACACGCACCUUUAAUAUCAGCACUCUGGAGGCAGAGGCAGAGGCAGACAGAUUUCUGUGAGUUUGAGGCCAGCCUGGUCCACAAACUAAGUUCUAGGACAGCCAGGGCUAUGCAGAGAGACCCUCUUAGUGAGUGAUGAUAGUAAGUCACUCAAGUAAGACUGCCAGACAUGUAACCUUAUAACCUUAACCCAAACUCUGUCUAUAUACAGAUAUAUAAUUGACCUAUUUUUAUACAUUGUUAUAGAGGAUUUGGAAGAUAAUGCCAAUAUUUGCUCUAGGCAAAAACAUUUUGCCCAGGUUUCUUAGAAACCUGUAAUCCCAGCACUCAGGAGGCAGAGGUAGGUGGAUCUCUGUGAAUUUGAAGCUAGUUUGGUCUACAGAACAAGUUCCAGUUCAGCCAGUGUUUAAAAAAACAAAAACAAAAAAAGACAUACCUUAUUUUAUAUUACUAUUACUACAUUUAAAUUUAUUUAAUCUUAUUUAAAUACUAAUAGAUGAUGUAGCUACCAAAUUAAUUACGAAAUUUUAAAAGGAAUAAAAACACACCCAGUGUACAAUAAACUUGUGCCUGAUUGAAACUGCUUAUCCACAGUGCUGGUGCCUUCAGAACAUGGAAUAGUGUGAUGUCUCACUGUAUGGAAGCUUAAAUAAGAUGUUCAAGUGGUCACAAUGCUUUUCAAUGUGACCUUUAUGUUUUUUGCAUCACCGUAGGAGUGAGUAAGAGAGACUUUUUGAGUCUGGAAACCUGAGGGUUUCGGUUUCCAAAAGCAUUAAGCACUUCACGAGCUUUUCACCUCACUGAAAAACUGAAUCCCGAUUAGUAAAACAUUUCAAGAAUGAUGCAUGUUUUUACACUGCCCUUGGUUCAAUGAAAUGCAGAACUUCCGUAAAACAUUUCAAGAAUGAUGCAUGUUUUUACACUGCCCUUGGUUCAAUGAAAUGCAGAACUUCCGUAAAACAUUUCAAGAAUGAUGCAUGUUUUUACACUGCCCUUGGUUCAAUGAAAUGCAGAACUUCCGUAAAACAUUUCAAGAAUGAUGCAUGUUUUUACACUGCCCUUGGUUCAAUGAAAUGCAGAACUUCCGAACCUUCUGAGUCCUCUGCAUUUGCAUAAUUCCUUAGAUCUGAUGAAAUAAAGAAGAUAUAAGCAAGCCGAAAAAGAUCCAUCUGAUAAGCUGACUCAUUGGUUUUCUCAUAGCUUCCCAGAAAGAGUUAGACUGGAAAUGCAAAGGAAACAUCAUCAUUCUAGAGGGAAAGCACUUACGGCCAGAGCUUCUGUAUUUUAAAGUAGUGGAGUAGCAGGGCCAGGUGCGGUGGUGCACGCUGGAAUCCAGAGACAGCAGGGUCAUUGCUACGAGCAAAUCCCUUUAUCAGUCAACAGUAGAACAGAUGCCCAACCAGAGCUACUCUCAGAAAUCCCAUGGGUGAUGAAUAGCUGUUUAUGCCUCAGAACCUUUCCAAACCUCAAAUGUUUCCACCAACCUUUUCCUGGGCACUCAGUCUUCACCUGUGUGACUUGGUACCUCUGUAGCGUCAGGAACUGCAGGCCUGGGUCAGGAGCUGUUGCAACCCGCAUCAAUCACUACACAUUCUAGUUCACUUGCUGCAUACAAUAAUGCUAAAAAGUAAAACAAAAAGAUUUUAAAGACAUAAUACAAGAGAAUGUACCUUAUUAUCUCUCUGGGUAAAAAUUUUGUUCCUAUUAAAGCAGUGCCUAACACAUCGUUGUAACUGUGACAUCCAGUGACUACUAGCAAGGAUAUGCUGUUGAAUUAGGUCUUUUAACUGUGAGUUCCACAUAUUUAAUUUUAACUUAUACAUUCCAUGGGAGAAUAAAUGUUUUGCUGCCAUCAUCUCUUGGUAUUUUUUCCAGAAUGAUGAAAAGAGUAAAAUAUGGUUAUAAACUUGAUAUAUGUUAUCAAUGCUACCUGUUUUAAAAUGAAGAUUGUCACAAAAACCUUCAAAACUGUGAAUUAAAAUAAACCAUUUAAGAAGUUAA